AUGUUUCCUAAUGGCUGCAGGUACUUCAAGCAAUGGUGCAAGGAAUGGGGCGAAGAUUUGGAUCGGCGGCCAGAGGCGGUGAAAAAGACUGGCGGAGGCAACCAGGCGACAAUACAGUACCAGCAGACAAUGACUUUCAUCAAGCCGCUGUAUAAGCAGCUGAAGCAGAAGCUGGUGCAUCCUGAGAUGGUUGCCGGGCUGUACAUGAUCGUGCAGGCUAUCAAGCAGCGCAACUACCUGCACGCCUACGAUGUGUACAUGCGCCUCGCCAUCGGGAACAACCCCUGGCCCAUUGGGGUGACGAGCGUGGGCAUCCACGAGCGGUCGGCGCGCGAAAAGAUUUCCCACGUCAUGAACGGCGGCGCGCACAUCAUGAACGACGAGGCCACGCGCAAGUACCUGCAGGCCGUCAAGCGCCUGCUUACCUUUGUGCAGCGCGCGUACCCGACCGACCCCUCCCGCUCCAUCGACUUUGACGGGUUCCGAGACGCCGGCCGCGGCGCCGCCGGCUCCGGCAGUGACAAACAGGUGCCCCUGCAUUCCUCUUUGUGCAGCUGCCCUGGUUUGUAA